ACUUGCAAUAAAGUUUUCUGUUAUAGGAAACAUGGAGGAAACAUCAUCUAAUCCAAAUACAAUAACAACUUUUUUCCCUUAAAAAGAAAAAUCAAUAUAGUCAUGGGCGUAUAAUCCACUCUUCAUCAAUCUCUCUCUCUAGUCUCUUUUUCUCUCUAUAGUUAUUAAUAACAAAAUCUCAGUUUCAUCUCUCUCUAGAAAAUAUUCCAAAACAUGGGUGAUGAUUCGAUACCUGCCCAUCCACUGAAUGUUACCGGAGACGAGUUUGACGGUCUUCCUGUACCACCACUCGACCCUACCUAUUUUACCCAACACAUGAACGCACCAGAUCAAGAUUUUCCAAUGGAAUUCCAACAACAUGAUUUCAUGCUUGAUGACCUUGAUUUUGAUUUGUCUUUCGAUGAUUUCUUCCUUAAUCCUCCUAAUACUGAUGAUGAUGAUGCCUUUCUUAACCCUAAUUACCUGGCCGAUUGUGUCGGGUCGGAUCAGGGUUCUGACCCCGAUCAGAAGGACCCGAAUUGGUUAGGUCAACCUGCGAGUCAAUCGAUUGGGGAUUUUGAUGAUUCGAAGGGGAUUUUACCUCCGGGUUCAAAUUCGGGUCAGAUAAACCCUAAUUGUCAAUUAAUUGGGGAUUUUGACAAUUCUUCUAGAGAUCUCAAGUCAUCAUCAGCGGAAUUGAGCAAUUUUGCAGGUAAUCAGGCAGAUGGAGGUGUUAUGGUAAUGGACACGUCGUCACCGGAGCUUCGUCAGAGUUCGAACAGCUCGGGAGUUUCGAUUGGUGUGUCACCGUUGUUGGACCAGGUUUCUGGCGAUGUAUCCGGGUACUUGAACGUGCCAUCACCCGAGUCCAAUGGAUCCAACCAUGAGGGUUCUUUGGAGUCUAGGAGUGAUAACAAAGGUUUGAGUGAUGCUAAGGUUUUGAAUUAUCAUUCACCGGAGUCGCAGGGUUCGGGGAAUUGUGGUUCAAAUCUCUCAGAAGGGCUGAAUUAUCUAUCAGAUUCGAACAAAUCGGUACAUUCUUCUCCGAAUUUAGGAAAUAAUUCGAUAAAAAGUGGAGUUGUGGAACAGAAGUUUAAAUUAGAUGGUGUGAAUGCUAAUAUAUGUAACUCUACCUCUAGCUCCCUGUUGAAAAGGAAAAAGGUUAGUGAAGAUUCGAAUACCGUAAGCAAACUCCAAAAAUCGCCUAAUUUUUCGUUGAGUGAUAAUGUUAAUAACGAUGAAGACGAAAAGAAGAUAGCUAGAUUGAUUAGGAAUAGGGAAAGUGCUCAAUUGUCAAGGCAAAGAAAGAAGCACUAUGUUGAGGAAUUAGAGGAUAAAGUUAGAAUGAUGCAUUCUACAAUUCAAGAUCUGAAUGCUAAGAUAUCAUAUAUGAUGGCGGAAAAUGCAACUCUAAGGGGACAGAUGGGAGGUAGUGGUGUACCUCCGCAAGUGCCACCACCCCCUGGGAUGUAUCCCCAGACUCCUGUGAUGUAUCCGUGGAUGCCGUAUGCACCACCUUAUAUGAUGAAGCCACAAGGAUCACAAGUGCCAUUGGUUCCCAUUCCAAAGUUGAAACCACAGUCUGCAGUGGCCACACCAAAAAGUAGCAAGAAAGUGGAGAAAAAGAAGAGUGAGGUGAAAACUAAGAAGGUCGCGAGUAUUAGUUUCCUUGGCGUGUUGUUCUUCAUGCUGCUCUUUGGUGGGUUGGUUCCUUUGUUGAAUGUGAGAUAUGGGGGAACAAGGGAACCGUUUUUGAGUGGAGAUUCUUUUGGGAGUGGAUUUUACGAAAAACAUCAUGGAAGAGUCUUGUCUGUUGACGGGCCUGUGAAUGGGAGUGGUUAUUCUGGGAAAUACGGUGGAAAAGAUUAUAGCUCACAUUGUGGGCCGGGGGGUCGGGUUGAAAGCAAUCAGCAAAAUAUUAAUAAGGCUGCAGAUGAGUUUGUUCACGUGGGCAAUGGCAGCGACCCUCUAGCAGCGUCUUUGUAUGUCCCGAGGAAUGAUAAACUCGUUAAGAUUGACGGGAACUUGAUAAUUCAGUCUGUAUUGGCAAGUGAGAAAGCCAUGGCAUCUCAUGGAAGUGCUGAUAAGAACAAUAAAGAGACAGGCCUUGCUGUUCCUGGAGAUUUAGCCCCUGCUAUCCCAGGAAGCCAUCCUCGCCUUUAUCGAGGACAACGGGCUCUUGGAUCUGGGGAGAAGGAGAAUGCAAAGUCAACUAUGCAGCAGUGGUUCCUUGAAGGUGUUGCUGGACCUUUGUUGAGUUCAGGCAUGUGUACAGAAGUAUUCCAGUUCGAUGUGUCAUCUUCUGCUCCAGGAGGCAUAGUUCCUGCUACUAAUGCGAGAAACUUAUCUAUAGAAGAAAGGCAGAAUGACACGCGUGUCCACAGAAAUAGAAGGAUCCUCAAUGGUCCUUCCGUUUCCCUUUCUAGUUCGUCUCACAACAUUUCGAAAGAACAAACUGGAAAGCAAGAGAACUUAAGUGGAAACAAGUCACUUUCUUCCAUGGUUGUAUCUGUUCUCGUUGAUCCGAGAGAGGCAGGUGAUGGUGACGGUGAUGGCAUGAUGGGUCCCAAGUCCCUCUCUCGGAUAUUCGUUGUUGUGCUGAUCGACAGUGUCAAGUAUGUCACCUAUUCUUGCAUGCUUCCAUUUAAAGGAUCUGCUCCUCUGGUGACUACCUGAAGAAUGGAGUAUUCAUGUAGCAGAAGCAUCAUUGAUGACCAAUUUUGUAGAUAGCAUAAGAUGUAAUAGUCCUCACUGUUCACAUAACUUCAAUAUGUAAUAGUAAGUAUUACUAUAAACAGCUAUCAUUAACUUAUGGAGGGUGCUGGUCUUCGUCUUUAUGUGUAAUGUGUUUCUGCAAUAAUUCAUUAUCGCUCCUUAAUUAUC